AUGGAGUGCUUUAAAUGUUCAUUUGAGUUCGAUAAUCACACACGUAUUCCGCAUAUACUUAUUUCCUGUGGGCACACAAUUUGUAAAUUGUGCAUUAAUUCGCUAUUUUCAAAUAAAUCAAUGCUAUGCCCUCAAUGCAAUCUCGUAUCUUUAGCACCUAAUAUACAAGCAUUUCCUAUAAAUUUGGCUUUGAUACAAAUUCAAACCCAAAAGACUUGCCAAAAUAUCUGUAAAAAUCACAAUAAAGAACUUGAAGCAUUUUGCAAUACUGAUAAAAAAAUUUUAUGCGUCAGUUGCAUUUUGGAAGAUGGGCAUAAAUCUCAUGAAAUUUUUCCUAUUAGUAAAGCUGCAACCAAGCAUAGAGAAAAAUUAGAGAAUAUAAAGAAUUCAGUUUCGCAAAUAGAAGCAAAUAUAUUAAAAGAACAAGAUAAACUCGAGAAAAAACAGUCUAGCAUUAAAAAUGCCCAAAAUAAAUUAUUAGCAGAAUUUUCAGAGUUAUAUCAAUCGGUAAGAGAAGCUGUUGAUAGCAGAGAAAAAGAAAUAAUUCAGAAAAUCACAGAAGAUGCAGAGACAAUGAAUAUAGAUGUUGCCGAAAAAAAAAAGUUACAAAAAGAAAUGAAAGGAUUAAUAAAAAAAUAUCAGGAUGAAUUUAGUAGAGCUCGAGAAGAAGAUGAUCUAGCAUUCAUGGACAAUUUUAAUAAGAGGGAAAAUCUUGGGGAUAAUAUUUGUAAAAAAAUAAUACCUUCACAAAAUAUAGAUUUAUUUAAACAAUAUUCAAGAGGAGCUGAAGCAGAUUUUAUUUGUAAAGUGAUAAAACAAACUUUUAUAUUUACAGAUAGAAGGAAUUUAAAACAAAAGGAAGAAGUGACUGCAAGCUCAACUUUAAGCAGCACUCAAAAGAAAGAAAAUUCCAAGAUAAACCCUUCAGAGCAGCCAACUAUUCGAAAGUCUCCUUGAACAGCUAAAAAGGAAGCAAUUACCCGUGCAAAAUCUCAUAAGGUCUUACAAAAAGCAACCAAAAAAAUAUAGCUUUUUGCCUUGAGUGGCGCGGUAUGGGCGCCACUUCGGCAAGCUUCAUCCUCCAGUUGGCCGAGCCAACUCAGGUUGGUUCGACCAACUGGAGAAUUGACAAGUGAGGCCUUUUGGGGAGACUUGUCAAUUCUAGUUGGCCGAACCAACCUGAGUUGGCUCGGCCAACUGGAAGAAGGAGCUUGCCGAAGUGGCACCCAUACCGCGCCACUCAAGGCAAAAAAGCAUAGUAAAUACUAUAAAUCUCAAUAAAGAAAUCCUAUCGCCAGAUAUAGACUGAUUUGAUAAUAUUUCAGAAUUUACGGAUCGUGAAAAUGAAGAUCUAACGCUCUCUCUAGAUUUAAACCAUCUAAAGCAUAACUAA